GAAUCACGUACUAGCGUGCAGCGUGGUUCCAGAUGCGUGCUCCGGUGCAGUUAUCAUGAGAGCUGGGCUUCGAAAAUGCUGUUUAUAAUAGAAUAGAAAUCCACGCUGUGGUGUGAUUAGUAUUUCAUUUAAUUGUUUUUGUUUAAUUGAUCAGUUUAAGAUGGGGAAAAGCAAGACUAAAAACCAGAAGAAGUCACGUGUAGCCGCGAAUCACGUGGCCGAGGAGACGUAUGGAAGCGUGCCGCACUCUUUCGUCUUUCACCGUGGACAGAUCGGGAAGAACGUGGAUCAGCUGAUGAUGGACAUGCGGCGUGUCAUGGAGCCGUACACGGCACAGUCCUUAAAGGUUCGAAAGAAAAACGUCUUAAAAGAUUUUGUGACCGCAGCAGGACCACUGGGAGUCACACACUUCCUCGUCUUCACCAAAACCGAGAACAGUGUUAACUUGAGACUGGCCCGACUUCCUAAAGGCCCCACCGUCCAUUUCCAGGUUAUUAAGUACACUCUCAUAAAGGACGUGAUUUCGUCUCUAAAGAGGCACAGGAUGCACGAUCAGCAGUUUACUCACCAUCCACUGCUGGUGCUGAACAAUUUUGGGAUGGAGGGCAUGCACAUCAAGCUGAUGGCUACCAUGUUUCAGAACAUGUUUCCUUCCAUCAACGUGCACAAGGUCAACCUGAACACCAUAAAGAGGUGUGUGUUGGUGAAUUACGAUUCUGCGUCACAAGAAAUCGAGUUUCGGCAUUACAGUCUGAAGGUGGUCCCUGUGGGCAUGAGUAAAGGCGUUAAGAAGCUCUUGCAGGAGAAGUUUCCCAACAUGAACAAGCUGGAGGAUAUCAGUGAGCUGCUCCUGAAGGGUGUGAACCUUUCAGAGAGCGAAGCAGAGCAGGAUGGCGAGCACAACAUCACCGAGUUGCCCCAGGUGUACUCGGGCCGCGGGAACAUGAGGGCGCAGCAGAGCGCCGUCCGGCUUACCGAGAUUGGCCCCAGAAUGACCCUGAAGCUGGUGAAGAUUGUAGAAGGCAUGGGGGAAGGCAACGUGCUUUAUCAUUCUGUCGUGACGAAGAGCGAGGCGGAGAUUCGGGAGAUCCUGAAGAGGAAGGAGGCCCGUCUGAAGGAGAAAGCAGAACGCAGGAGGAAGCAGGAGCAAAACAUAGCCCUGAAGAAGGAGAAACGAGACGAGAACAAAAAAAGGAGUCUGGAGGGAAUAAAGAGGAAACGGCAGCAGGAAGGGGCUGCGUCUGAUGACAGUGAAGUGGAGGAUCCUGGGAUGCAGGAGGAUCAGCCUGAGGCUGAGGAGUCAGAAGACGAGGCAGAGUAUUACAGACAGGCUGUGGGAGAGGAACCCGAUGAAGACAUGUUCCCCACUGCAAAGAGGAAACGUGCCCCAGGCAAGUCACUGAUGCCCUUUAAGAAGAGGAAACUGUCCAAAGCUUCUGGGGAAGAAAAAACAAACCGAUUCAAACCUACAGGCAAGGCUUCUUUCGGUAGUAAAAACUUUGCUGGUAGGAAGUUUGGCGGGAAGAACACGGGAAAAAUCUCCGGAGGAGGCAAAGGAUUUAAAUCGGGAAAAAUGUCAGGGGCCAACAGCCGGUUUGGGAAGAGCAAAGGAGGAAAGAGGUUUGGAGGAAACCAGAGGGAAAGGUUUGGGGAGAAGAAAAGUGGCGCAAAGGGUUCAAUGGGGAAAGGACAAAGAGCAAAAUCGGGCUCUGCGUUUAAAGCAGGUCCGAGAGGAGGACAAGGAAAGAAAGACUUCAAGAAGAAGAAAGAGAAAAGGUGAAGAGAAAACAUGAGCCAGGCUCUACACUAGCAGGACAACCUGGUGGUGUUGAUGAUGCCAGUCUGAACUGCUAACCAGCCCAAAGCAGCCAUGAAAAGACUGCAGUUUGUUGAAAAAUAUAUAUUUGUGCUUUGUAAAAAUGUUCAUAAAUGUUUAUUGCAUUUACAGCAAAUAAAUAAUGGAGUCUUUCAUAAUA